UACAGAUUUGAGGGGGUGGGCUACCCGACAGUGCAGGCACUCAUCGAGGACCACCUCUACACCAGGGAAAUCAUAACAAAGAGAUCUGAAGUGGUCAUCAUUCGACCGAUACCUCGGGCUACUUGGGAGUUGAAUAAUGAUCAAAUUGAACUGAAGGAGAAAAUUGGAAGUGGUCAGUUUGGUGAAGUGUUUCGAGGUUUGUUGAAGCCCACGAACCUGGAGGUGGCCAUCAAAACUUGCAGAGAAACACUGACUGAAGAUUUGAAGAGAAAGUUUCUACAGGAGGGCAGAAUAUUGAAACAAUAUGACCAUCCGAAUAUCGUCAAAUUUAUCGGCAUCGCUGCCCAGAGGCAUCCCGUUAUGAUUGUUAUGGAGUACGUUUCCGGCGGUUCCCUCCUAGCCUUCCUUCGUUUUCAUGGUGCCAACCAACGCGUGUCUGCCCUCACGCAGAUCUGCGUUGAUGUCGCUGCUGGCAUGCGAUAUCUCGAGAGCAAUAACUGCUUGCACAGGGACUUGGCCGCGAGAAAUUGUUUGAUUGGCGAGAACAACAUCAUUAAAAUUUCUGAUUUCGGGAUGUCCCGAGAGGAGCAGGAGUACAUAAUAUCGGGGGGUCUCAAACAGAUCCCCAUCAAAUGGACCGCACCUGAGGCACUCAACUUUGGCUUGUACACGUGGUCCUGUGAUGUCUGGAGUUACGGUAUCUUAAUGUGGGAGGUCUUUUCCAACGGAGGCAAUCCCUAUCCUGGUCUCACGAACUCCCAGGCCCGAGAUGAAGUCGAUGCAGGAUAUCGAAUGCCAUGUCCCGAGAAGUGUCCAUCGAAUGUGUACAAGCUUAUGCUGUCCUGCUGGAACAAGGAACCCAAACUGAGGCCGCACUUUUCACAGAUUCAUCAGCAGCUCAUCGACAUGAAGAGUUCAUUGCUUGAUUUUUAA